AGCUCAUCUCACUAAACCCGCACAAUGUGCUCCACCACCAUCACCAUUCCCUUCCUCAUCUUCUCCUUCCUCCUCCUUUUCACUCCCUCCCUCUCUGCCCCACCACCGCCACUUCCAGUCCCUCCGUCCACCGCCUGCAAUGCCACUCUCGACCCGUCCUUCUGCCGAUCGGUCCUCCCCUCCCGCGGCUCCCAAAACCUCUACUCCUAUAGCCGCUUCUCCCUCGCCAAGUCCCUCGGCAACGCCUACAAGUUCCUCAACCUCAUCAACCACUACCUCUCCCCUCACCGUGCCUCGAAGCUCUCCCCUACCGCUGUCGCCGCUUUGCAAGACUGCCGCCUCCUGUCGGGACUCAACAUCGACUUCUUGACCUCCGCAGGUGCGACGUUGAACGCCACCAAUGCUCUCCUCGACCCGCAGGCCGACCAGGUGCAGACGCUGCUGUCGGCGCUCAUGACCAACCAGCAGACGUGCCUUGAUGGCCUCCAGGCCGCCGCAUCCGCAUGGUCGGUCAAGAAAGGCCUCGCCGUCCCCAUCUCCAACAGCACUAAGCUCUACAGCGUCUCCCUCGCGCUCUUCACCAAGGCUUGGGUGGCGCCCAAGUCAAAGAAGCCGAAGCCCAGGAAGGGCCUCACCCCAUCGCGGCUCCCCACUCGGAGGAGCCUGCUUUUCCAUGAGGUAGAGUACAUGGGUCGACACGACGAAUUGCCUUUGAAAAUGUCGGAACCGCAAAGAGAGUUAUUCGAGAAGAGGAGAGGGCGGCGGCUGCUUCAGGCGUCGGAAGGCGCGAUGGUGCACGAUAUCGUGGUGGUGAGUCAGGACGGGAGCGGGAACUACACAACGGUCGGGGCGGCGGUGGCGGCGGCGCCGAAUAACUCGGAUGGGACUACUGGAUACUACCUGAUAUACGUGGGUAGUGGGGUAUACGAGGAGUAUGUAGUUAUUCCGAAGAACAAAAAAUUUCUUAUGAUGAUUGGGGAUGGGAUAAACCAAACCGUGAUCACAGGAAACCAUAGCUUUGUCGACGGUUGGACCACAUUCAACUCCGCUACAUUUGCUGUUGUUGGACAAGGGUUUGUUGCUGUGAAUAUGACUAUUAGGAACACCGCAGGCGCAGCUAAGCAUCAAGCGGUCGCGCUACGAAAUGGUGCAGAUCUCUCGACCUUCUACAGCUGCAGCUUCGAGGGGUACCAAGAUACCUUGUAUACCCACUCCAUGAGGCAAUUCUACCGAGAUUGCGAUAUCUACGGCACGGUCGACUACAUCUUCGGCAACGCAGCGGUCGUGUUCCAGAACUGCAACAUCUAUUCUCGGCUACCCAUGAAUGGCCAGAGCAACACCGUCACGGCUCAAGGCCGGAUUGACCCGAACCAGAACACGGGCAUUUCGAUCCAGGACAGCAACUUCGUGGCUUCGCCUGACUUAGCAGCAGAUCCUAAGUUCGCGAUCACAUACCUGGGUCGUCCGUGGAAGAAUUAUUCGAGGACGGUGAUCAUGCAAUCUUUCAUGGACAGCUUGAUUGACCCAUCGGGGUGGAUGCCGUGGAACGGAGACUUCGCGCUGAGUACGCUGUACUAUGCCGAGUACAAUAACACCGGACCAGGGUCCGCGACGGGCCAACGAGUCACAUGGCCCGGGUACCAUGUGAUAAAUGGAACCGAUGCGGCCAAUUUUACCGUGACUAGCCUUGUUUUGGGGGAUAAUUGGUUACCUCAAACUGGAGUGCCUUACUUGAGCGGGUUACUUGGAUGAGAUGCUUAAUUUGGCCUUAUUCAAUUUGUAGUUGUAACUAAACUUUGAAUUAGCAAACUAUAUUUUGCUUAUUUAGGUCAUUCAUUCGACUGUAUUACAUUAGUUAAGCAGUGUUAUGGUCUUAUUAUGAUUAAUAAUAAUG